AUGAUACCCAAGACGACAGACAAUGUCAAGCAUUGGCUGUUUCCCGAGUGCUUCCACUCUCUCCUCAAGACUCAGGCCGCUGAUGGUAGUUGGGGUUAUCUCCCAACGACCCAGACUGCUGGCAUUCUAGACACUGCCUCGGCUGUUCUUGCUCUCUUGUCACAUGUAGAAGAACCUUUGCAGAUACUAGACAUCUCACCAGACGAGAUUGAUCUCAGGAUCGAGCGGGGAGUUGCCUCUCUGAAGCGACAGCUAGCUGUCUGGCAUGACGUUGAGGAAACCAAUCACAUUGGAGUCGAGCUUAUUGUCCCAGCUUUACUCUCCAUGCUUGAGAAAGAACUCGGCGUGGCACCAUUUGAGUUCCCUUGCAGAAAUGUCUUGGACAGUUUGCAUCAAGAGAAGAUUGGCCACUUUGACUUGGAGAAAGUGUACGGCAAGCCGUCUUCAGUACUUCACUCUCUGGAAGCCUUUCUUGGGAAGAAGCUUGACUUUGAUCGUCUUUCCCACCAUCUGUAUCAUGGAUCUAUGAUGGCCUCACCAUCUUCCACAGCUUCUUAUCUCAUUGGUGCAAGUAAGUGGGAUGACGAAGCUGAAAACUAUCUGAGGCAUGUUCUAAAGAAUGGUGCUGGCCAUGGAGAUGGUGGUAUCUCUGGGACCUUUCCGACAACUCAUUUCGAGUGUAGCUGGAUCAUAGCUACUCUCCUGAAGGGUGGCUUCACCGUGAAUCAAAUCGAUUGUGAUGGCUUGCGCGGCUUAUCAACUAUACUCAUCGACGCAUUAAGGGAUGAGAAUGGGGUAAUUGGCUUUGCGCCCCAUACCGCUGAUGUCGAUGACACGGCAAAAGCUCUUCUCGCGUUGAGCCUCGUCGAUCAUCCUUCCAGCCCUGAUACCAUGAUCAAGGUCUUUGAGGGCAAAGAGCACUUCACUACAUUUGGAUCAGAACGUGACCCCAGCUUGACUUCUAACCUCCAUGUGUUACUGUGUCUCUUGAAGCAGCCCGAGCUACCUAAAUACCAUCUCCGAAUCUUGAAGACCACGUUGUUCAUCUGCCAAUGGUGGUGGGACAGCGACAAUCAUGUCAAAGACAAAUGGAACCUGAGCCAUCUAUAUCCUACUAUGCUUCUGGUUGAAGCUUUCACAGAACUACUCCAGCUCAUUGAUGGCAAUGAGCUUGCCAGUCUAUUUGAUGAGAAGCUCAAGUGCAAGAUUGGCCUAUCACUUUUCCAGGCUGUCCUACGUAUCGUCCUCAUCCAAGACGAUGACGGAUCUUGGAGAGGAUACCGUGAGCAAACCUGCUACGCCAUUCUUGCCCUUGCACAGGCACGCCAUGUUUGCUUCUUCACCAAUAUGAUGGACAAGCUACAGAGUUCCAUCGACCGCGGUGUCUCGUGGCUCAAGUCCCGCAGUCGUCACUCCCAGGACCUCACUUGGACGUCUAAGACUGCAUAUGAGGUUGGGUUUGUUGCUGAAGCGUACAAGCUAGCCGCUCUGAGGUCAGCAAGUCUAGAUGUGCCCAUCGCCACUGCUGGUCAUAGCCUUACCUCUGCAGUUCCAUCACCCGAGUUGGAACAGUACAUGAGGCUUGUACGCAAGACCGCUUUGUUCUCACCGCUGGAUGAGUGGGAACUCAGGGCAUCAAUCAUCGAGUCUUCGUUCUUUGUACCCCUUCUACAAGCCCAACGCGUUGAGAUCUUCCCGAGGGACAAGAUCGAGAUCGGCGAGGACAAAUAUCUGAGCAUCAUUCCCUUUACCUGGAUUGGAUGCAACAACAGAGCCCGCACAUUCCCAUCCAAUAGGUGGCUCUACGACAUGAUGUACCUGUCUCUCCUCGGCUAUCAGAUUGAUGAGUACAUGGAAGCUGUUGCUGGGCCGACGUUGGGUGACAUCUCUCUGCUUCGCCAGACCAUAGACAACAUCAUAGACAACAUCAGGAUAAAGUCGGCCAGGGCCAAUGGUAUUGAGCACAAUGGAAAUGGCCAUAGGCACGAGUCACUCGAUAUUGCACAGGUUGAGGAUACCCUCACGCGCUUCACCCAUAGCGUCCUCAACCACAGAGAUGUAUCGAGGUCUAGCUCUUCCGAUCAAAACACUCUUCGCCAGGAGUUCAGAACGUUCAUGCACGCCCAUGUCACACAGAUAGAGGACAAUAGUCGCUUCUCCAAGCUACCCUCUAGCGAUGUUUUCUCUUCCCCAGAGCAAUCUUACUUCAAAUGGGUGAACAGCACAGGAGGCAGUCAUGUUGCUUGCGCAUACUCAUUCGCCUUCUCCAACUGUCUAAUGUCAGCGAAUCUGUUCCAAGGCAGAGACGCAUUUCCCUCUGUUGCUCAGAAAUAUCUCAUUUCUUCUGUCAUGCGUCAUGCUACAAAUAUGUGUCGUAUUUACAACGACUUUGGGUCCAUAGCUCGCGAUAACGCUGAGCACAAUGUGAACUCGAUGCACUUCCCCGAGUUCGCACUAUGCAAUGGAACGACACAGAGUCUUGACGACAGGAAGAAGAGACUUUCGCAGAUAGGUAAGUAUGAGCAAGAUUGUCUUGAUCGUGCUUUGGAGGCUUUGGAAAGACAGUCUCGGGAUGAUGCAGGAGAUUGUGCGGGUUCUAAGGAGGAGAGAAAGCUUAAGAUUGUGAAGCUGUUUUGUGAUGUCACGGAUUUCUAUGACCAACUUUAUGUGAUCAAGGACCUUUCUAGUAGCAUGAAGUAA